AAAGAGAGAGGAGCUUAGGCCUGCAUACAAGCAUCUUCAAGGGGCAGAGCAUGCAAGGAGUGCGGCAAGGCAGAAACGUCUAGUUGUCUUGACACGGGGGCCAGAGACGCACAGCACAAUAAAAGCGGCACGCUCUUGCCAGCGAUUGAAGAUGGGACUGUACGAGCCUGCAAGCCCGGUCUACUCGGGCCCAAGCGCAUCUGAGGAAGGGUCGACCAAGCGUUUGGCAAACAAGAAGCGUCGUCGUAACAUCGUGGAGAAUCCUCAACUGCAAGACACAGUCGCCAGCGAUCGGCUGCACGUUAAAGCAUUAAAGGUCGAUGAAACCCGAGCGAGAGGAGAGCUCGAAGGACAACCCAAGACCCAGGAAGCGCUGCCGCAGGAUGACGGGGGUGGGGGGGAAUCCCCGCACAGCACUGCACUUGAUGUGACAAGAAACGACUCUGCGAAGGAAGAGCUCCGCUCGCCUGAGGUCCGGCCCCAUGUAAGCGCGCGCACUGCCGACCCCAUGGACGAGGUGGAGAGCGGCGCGGCCGGUGGGGCGCAGUUGAGCGCGGGACCCGCAACAACUGUGGUGGAUGCCGCUUCGGCAGAACAAGGGGUCCGCUCGCCUGUUGCGAGCACACGCACUGAGAAUUGCGUAGACAAGGUGGAGAGUGGCGGGGCCAGCGAUGCAGAGUCGAGCGCGGACGCGCCCUGCGAUGCAGGCCCCAUGCCCAUCGGGGUUAGGAUCCCGCGCUCACCACUAUGA